UUCAGACUACAAUGAAACAUUAAAAGCGAUAUUGUCUUUCCCUCGAACGAAGAAGCUGAAGAACUUUUAAUUUGUUUUGUUCAAUCUUUUAUAAAUAUAGGGGCGGCACUUGUACUGCUACAGAUCUGCUCCCUGCCUCUGCAAUUUUCUCUGGAGAGGCAGCUGCAUUACCACACCUAUCUGUGGGCCUGUCAAAUCAGGGCAAGAAAAUGGCCAUGCUUGAUGAGCCACUUUAUCCAAUUGCCAUUCUUAUUGAUGAAUUGAAAAAUGAGGACAUUCAGCUACGACUUAAUUCUAUUCGAAGGCUUUCAACAAUUGCUCGUGCUCUUGGAGAAGAAAGAACAAGAAAAGAAUUGAUCCCCUUUCUAAGUGAAAACAAUGAUGACGAUGAUGAGGUUUUGCUUGCAAUGGCCGAAGAACUGGGAGUGUUUAUUCCUUAUGUUGGUGGGGUGGACAAUGCACAUGUUCUACUACCUCCUCUAGAAACUCUUUGUACUGUUGAGGAAACUUGUGUGAGGGAUAAGGCUGUGGAAUCAUUAUGUCGAAUUGGAUCACAAAUGAAGGAAACUGAUCUGGUGGAGUGGUUCAUUCCACUUGUUAAGAGGCUUGCUGCAGGCGAGUGGUUUACAGCAAGGGUUUCUGCAUGUGGGCUUUUUCAUAUUGCAUAUUUAAGUGCACCUGAACUUCUAAAAACUGAAUUGCGAUCUAUAUAUGGUCAACUCUGCCAGGAUGAUAUGCCAAUGGUGAGAAGAUCUGCAGCAACAAAUUUAGGGAAGUUUGCCACAACAGUUGAACCACAACACCUGAAGACAGACAUUAUGUCAUUUUUUGAGGAUCUCACGCAUGAUGAUCAGGAUUCAGUGAGGCUUUUAGCUGUUGAGGGUUGUGCCUCCCUUGGUAAACUGUUGGAACCCCAGGAUUGUGUAACUCAUAUUCUUCCAGUUAUUAUAUCAUUUUCUCAGGAUAAGUCUUGGCGAGUUCGUUAUAUGGUGGCAAAUCAAUUGUAUGAACUCUGUGAGGCAGUUGGCCCAGAGCCUACAAGGGCGGACUUGGUGCCAGCAUAUGUUCGGCUGUUACGGGAUAACGAAGCAGAAGUACGUAUUGCGGCGGCAGGAAAGGUGACCAAGUUUUGUAGAAUAUUGAAUCCUCAGCUUGCAAUCCAGCACAUACUUCCUUGCGUGAAGGACCUGUCAACAGAUUCUUCACAGCAUGUGCGUUCUGCUUUGGCUUCUGUUAUCAUGGGUAUGGCACCUGUUUUGGGGAAGGAGGCAACAAUUGAACAAUUACUUCCAAUUUUUCUUGCACUCCUUAAAGAUGAAUUUCCAGAUGUCCGGCUUAAUAUCAUAAGUAAGCUGGAUCAAGUUAAUCAGGUAAUUGGAAUUGAUUUACUGUCUCAAUCUCUUUUGCCGGCCAUUGUUGAGCUUGCAGAAGACAAGCACUGGAGAGUUCGUCUUGCCAUAAUAGAAUACAUUCCUCUGCUAGCUAGUCAAUUGGGGGUAGAAUUCUUUGAUGAUAAAUUGGGUUCUCUCUGCAUGCAUUGGCUUGGUGACAAGGUGUUUUCUAUUCGUGAUGCUGCAGCCAACAAUUUGAAGCGACUUGCUGAAGAGUUUGGCCCAGAGUGGGCAAUGCUACACAUUGUUCCACAGGUUCUGGAGAUGAUUAAUAAUCCUCACUACUUGUAUCGCAUGACAAUUUUGCAUGCUAUUUCACUUCUAGCACCUGUCAUGGGACAAGAGAUUACAUGUGAAAGAAUGUUGCCUGUUGUCAUCAAUGCAUCGAAGGAUAGGGUUCCAAACAUUAAGUUCAAUGUUGCAAAGGUUCUGCAAUCACUGAUUCCUAUUGUUGAUCACUCGGUGGUGGAACAGACUAUUCGCCCCUGCCUUGUUGAACUAAGUGAAGAUCCAGAUGUUGAUGUAAGAUACUUUGCAAGUCAAGCACUCCAGGCCUGUGACCAGGUCAUGAUGUCAUCUUGAUUGUUACAAUCUCAGAAAUUGACUAAAACUCUGAUUUUUCAAGAGAGUGAGUUUAAGUCACUGCAAUACAUCUUGCAAAUUUUCUGAAUUUGUUGUAUGUAAAAAUGGCUGGUUUUCUUUUUCCACAGAUGAUAUUAACUGGGAAGUCUUGUGGUGCUUCCAACCUUAAACAAGAGCAAUGCAUUUAUUGAAACAAUUAUCUGGUUAUUGGUUAGGUCAUCAUAUAAAUUAGUGAUUCACAAGGUUGUAGAUAUAACUAUAUUCAUCCCUUCAUUACUUUUUUAGAAUUGGAUUUGUGUCUUCUUCAUUA